AUGGUGACAUUCGAGUUCUCGCUGCGAGACCCCCCUAAUAAACAUGCCAUCUACUCGCCGCUGCAACCGCACGUCAAAGCCAGCCUCAAACUCUACUUCCAGAACCCAAUCCAGAUCCAAGCCAUCAAGGCCUCCUUCAAAGGCCACAUGACCACCAGCAUAGUCGAAAGAACACACUCAUACACAGACAUCAUCAACAUGGACGGAACACACACUCUCCGGGAGGAGCCGGACUCCCAGAUCAUAGAGACGUUCCACCCUCUGUUUUGCUUCAGGAAAACCGUCUCUGGAAAUAUCGCGUACCCUGCAACGCUCGAAAAAGACUCGUUUCUCGAGCUGCCGUUGGAGUUCGAGUUCCCUGUCGAACGGCAGCUGCUGCCCUCGUCGUGCACUUCGCACGGCGAACGGGCCGUGGGCAUGGGCGCCAUUUCGACGCAGUACGAGAUCGACGUCGCCGUCGUCCGCCCCAACGCAGACCCCAUCUCUGCCUCGUUCCCUAUCCGCUUCCAAACCGACUCCGAUCCCACAUCCGGUCACGUGAGCAAAAUUCGCUCGGAAGCCUCGCACAUUUUCCCCGAGUGCGCCCGGCGACUGGUUCAGUGCGGCGGCGCCGUGGUUCAGAGCCCGUUUGUGACGAUGCCCCGGUACUCGCUGCGGCUGCGCAGACUGCUGCAUCUCCACAGAAGGGACCCGCAGUUGGCCGCAGACGUGCUGCUUACUGCGCAGCUGUCAACAGUGGCACAUCUUGGCUUUGACACGAGCAUCCAGAAUCUGGGCGAGCUGGUCAUCCACACGCCGCAGACCCACGACUACACCAUCAACGGCCUCUCUACCGGUGCGGGCGAGUUCCGCGUUCUCAACGUCAAAGCUGUUGCUCUUUCGCAAAUGCAGCUUAGGAUCGGCGAGGCCGUCGUGGAGAACGCAGGGACCCCCGUGGAGCUGUUCAAUUUUGACUACAAGCCGGGUGCGGAGCCGUGUUUCGACGUGGCCGAGUUUGAAGAGCACGACGGCAUGCUUUCUGGCCGGUUGCCGAUGAGCAAGCUGCUACCGGACGUCUCGUUGCUGGACGCGCUACAGGAGCCGUUCAUGCCCAACAUCCAGAUCGGGACCUGUUUCAAAAACACCACGCGCCUAAUGUUCUCACUGACGCUGUGCAACAACGGCAUCCUCAAGAAACGCAUCCACGAGCUCAGGUUCUACCACGACAUCGUCCUGGGCCCUAUCGAGAAGCCAGCGCCCGACUACAGCUUGAUAGAGCACACGCCCGCUCCCGCAUACACGCCGCCGCAGCAGACAUGCGAUCUGGUUCUGCUGACCGCCGAGGAGUCCAACUCGCUGGCUCCGCCUGUGUACUGUAGAUAG